CUCACGUCCAUACGCUUUGGGUGACGUUGUGGAGCUCUGAUUUGCCUAUCUCUAUCACGACUUACUCAGACGCUGUUCCAGGAAUCAAAUAAAUUAUAAGAUUAAGUAAAAUGGCGAACAAUAUGGCGCAACAAUUAAUUGAGCAGACAGUAGUAUCGUUAGCGCGCCAAAUGGAAGCGCAAGUCGACCGAGAGUUACAAAAGCUUGACCAUCUUGGCGAGGAUGACAUCGAAGCCAUCCGACAAAAACGAAUGGUCGAAAUGAAGCAGCGUCAAGAUAAAAUGAAGGAGUGGGCUGCUCGCGGGCAUGGCGAGUAUACAGAAAUACUUACGGAGCAGGACUUCUUCAGGGAGAUGAAGGGAGAGGAGCGUAUGGUGUGCCACUUUUACCGGGAAAACUGGCCGUGCAAGGUCAUGGACAAGCAUUUGAGCAUCCUUGCGAAAAAGCACAUGGAGACCAAGUUCGUCAAGAUCAACGCAGAGAAGAGCCCCUUCCUGACGGAGAGGCUCAAGAUCUGGAUGCUGCCCACGCUGGCGCUUGUCCAAAACGAAAAGACUGUGGACUAUGUUGUGGGAUUUGAUCAGUUGGGCGGCAAGGACGACUUCGAGACGUCGGUCCUGGAGGAGCGGCUGGCCAAGUCGGAGAUGUUGGACUAUGACUGGAGCGCAGGCGGGAAGGCGGCCGCAGCGGCGCCCAAGGGCAUUCGGAAGGGCGGGGGCGGCGCAUACAAGAAGACAGAGUCCGACGAGGACUCAGACUUUGAUUGACUUUUUGACAUCGAAGCAAAGUGCAGUGAUGCGUUGGUUCCAAUGACGUGGAAAGGCUUCAGCUGCGUAUACUAGUUGUACUGAUAAAGUUGUUGACGCGCAGGAGGAAAAGUAAGUGAACUGAGAGGGUGAGGCGUUGCUGCUUCUCUUGUAUGUUUAUUCACAAACGUGCAGAUGGUGCCUAUCAUGCUCCUACCCAGGCUGUGGUAAAGAGCAACAAGUGCAUGUUUGCAGAGUUAGUAACAUAACCCGCAGUGUCUUCCGGAGUCAAUCUCAGGGACUAUAUCGUAUGGAUGCCAUACGAUCCGGUUGCUGUUGUUUACGUGACGUUGCUGUUCGACUUUAACUUGGUGUGCUGACUCAGAUAUGGUCUGCGUGCUGUCCAGGACCGUUUUCCAGUGCACUCGCCAAGGAUGCCAAUUUACAGCUACUUGUACGAGCGGUUACUUCUGGCAGGCUCGCAGCAGGUGUAAAAUAUAGUGACUUAACUGCUCCUACGGUUGACAAAUGUUUCAGCAAGUGCCUUCCGGUGCUCGCUGAUGUGUGCCCCGUAAGGUGAUAUCUCUGCCUGGCCUCGAACCAAGCCCCCGAAGCCAUGGCGUUCACUGGGGUCAAGUGUUCCCCAUGCAUCCUGAUAAUUCAAGUCAACAGUUAGCUUGCGUUUCCCGUUCAUUUUUAGCCGCAGUCAUACCAUCCCGUCCGAUUGCCGCUGUGGCAUUCACGGUGUGUUUAUGGGCACCAUUGAAAUUGAAGAGGCUGUCGCUUCUGUAAUCCGGACAUCCUUUCAGAAUGUAUCCAACCCGAUGCGGAGUCAAGUCAGCAGAAAAAGCUAGAACGGCCCCAAUCAGCCUUUCUUUACCGCACCGAACCCCUUAUUGAUUUUCGGUGGCGGCACGCGCACGAUCUUUGCCCCCGGAUUGGCCGCCAAGUAUUCCUCCUCCAGCGCUACCAACGCC